AUGUCUUUCCGGCGAGGUGUGGUGCGGCAGAGCAAGUUCCGUCACGUGUUCGCUCAGGCGUGGAAAGCCGAACACUGCCUGGACGACGUCCGAGUGUCGCGGGUGACGUGGGACGGCCCGCUGAGCGCCGUCAACCCCAAGUUCCUGGCUGUCAUCGUCGAAGCGGGAGGCGGCGGGGCCUUUCUGGUGGUCCCCAUCGGCAAGAGCGGCAGGAUCGAUCAGUCAUGCCCGACGGUGUGCGGCCAUGCGGCGCCCGUCUUGGACAUUCAGUGGUCUCCCCACGACGACAACAUCAUCGCGAGCGCUUCCGAGGACUGCGCCGUCAAGGUUUGGCAGAUCCCCGACGGGGGUUUGACGGCGCCCGUGACGGAAGCCGUGGUCACCCUGGAGGGGCACAGUAAAAGGGUGGGCAUCCUAGCGUGGCACCCGACUGCUUUCAACAUCCUCUUGACUGCAGGGUGCGACAAUGUGAUUCUGGUGUGGAACGUGGGAACAGGGGAGCUCGUGUACCAACUGGCCGACGCCCACCCGGACCUGAUCUACAGCGUCAGCUGGAACAAGAACGGAAGUGCCGUCUGCACUGUGUGCAAGGACAAGGCCCUGCGCGUGAUUGACCCGCGGAGGGGCGCGGUUCUCAAGGUGAGAGAAAAGGUCCACGAAGGCACCAGGCCCAUGAGAGCGGUCUUCCUCUCCGACGGCAAGAUCCUCACUACGGGCUUCAGCCGGAUGAGUGAACGACAACUGGCGCUAUGGGAUACGAAAGAUCUCUCUGAGCCGAUGGCGGUGCAGGAGAUGGACACAAGCAACGGCGUUCUUCUUCCCUUUUACGACCCCGACACGAACAUGGUCUACCUUUUGGGGAAGGGAGACUGCACCGUUCGCUAUUUCGAGGUGACGGACGAAUCCCCCUACGUUCACUUCCUCAGUUUGUACAGCAGCAAGGAGCCCCAGAGAGGGGCGGGCUUCCUCAGUAAACGAGGGGUGGACGUCAACAAGUGCGAAAUCGCCAGGUUCUACAAACUGCACGAAAGAAAGGUGGAACCCAUUUCGAUGACUGUACCAAGGAAGUCCGAUCUGUUCCAAGGGGACCUUUACCCGGACACGGCCGGUUUAGAGCCCGCGCUUCUGGCUGACGAAUGGAUUGCUGGCCAGGACGCGUUGCCCCUACUGGUGUCCCUGAGCGGAGGCUACGCGGCGCCGCCGUCCAAGCACCGGGACACUGUCAGGAGCAAGCCCAGGCUGGCCUCGCAAGACUCGGGAUCGGCGGCCCCGGCGGCGCCCCCCACCGCCAAGGACCCGGAGGACGAGCCGCCGUGUGCCCUCCCAAGCACGGACAGGCCGAAGCGAGAGGAGGAUAUUUUGAGCGAGCUGCUGUCGGAGAUGAAGGCGCUGCGUGCGGUGGUGCUCGCUCAGAGCCAACGCAUCGAGCUGCUGGAGAGGCAGCUGGCCCGCAUCGAGGACGGCGACGUGUGAGCUGCGCCGCUCCCUCACCAAUAGGCGAACCCCGUAGGGCUAUUUAAUCAGGUAGUUUCACGCUGCUAAGCUGUGAUCGUGUCCGAGACCUCAACUUUACCAUGUAGCGCGUUACGUGAGCCGAUACUCUGUGAUUUUUGGGGUUCGUCCAAGAAAAUGACAAAUGUGAAGGCCAGCUGAUGAGUUUUGUGGAUUUAGAACUUAGUGUCAGUCGAACGGAACCAAUAUUACGUGGGGUUUUCUUGUAAUCGCUGUUUUAAGAUUUAUCUUUGCUUUGAUUUGGAAGUAUUUGUUACACAGUCUACUGUACAGUCGUCCCCCCCCCCCAACCUUUUCC